AUGGCGGAAUUGAAGUCGCUGAUUUCUAAACGCGGAGGAGUGAAGAGCAAGUUGUCGAGGAUCCAUGCCGCGGUCCAGGCAGUGCAAGAAAAUCUUCUAGGCAUGUCUAUGCCACAACUUCGUGUCCACGCAAAGAAUGUGGACAAGUAUUACGACGAAUUCAACGAAGUGCAUGACACCAUCAUGCAAGCUAUCCAGGAGAAUCAAAAGGAACACCAUGAAGCUCACGCUCAGAACGCCAACCAGAAUCGGGCUGUUCUUCCCGCUGGAGUCCAGCCGAACGGUCAACCACAGGUUGUCAUCCACCAGCAGGCUCUUCGUGCCCCAUUGCCAACUUUCGAUGGGCGGUACGAAAAUUGGCCUAAAUUCAAGUCGAUGUUCAAGGAUUUGAUGAGGAAUUCUCCAGACUCGGAUGCAGUGAAGCUGUUCCAUCUGGACAAGUCGCUAGUAGGAAGUGCGGCAGGGAUCAUCGACGCUAAAACAAUCCAAGACAACAACUAUCAGCAAGCCUGGCAGAUUUUGGAACAACGCUUCGAAAACAAGAGGUUGAUUAUCGACGUUCACGUACAAGGUAUCAUGCAGCUGAAGAAGAUGGCUAAGAAGUCCUCUAAGGAGUUGCGUAUCCUCACUGAUGAAUGUUCAAGACAUGUGGAAAAUCUGAAGUUCCACGAACAGCACCUGUUAGGAGUGUCGGAGCUUAUCGUUGUUCACAUUCUAGCAGGUGCCCUCGACCAAGAAACAAGGGAGUUAUGGGAGGGUACUCUCGACCAUGGAGACCUUCCGAAGUAUGAUGAAACGAUGGAAUUCCUCAGAAAGCGGUGCUUGGUACUGGAGCGGUGCGAGUCGACCACAUCGUCGGUGUCUUCUACCAAGCAAGCAGCUACCAAGGCACCACCAAGUAAAGCAUCGAAAAUUUCUGCUGCAGUCACAACGUCUAGUGAGAUUGUCUGUGAACUGUGCGGUGGAGACCAUCCGAAUUUCAAAUGCAGCACCUUUCGCAACAUGAGCGUUGCGCAACGGUUGGUUAAAGUGAAGGACGCCAGAGUUUGCUUUAACUGUCUGCGUAAGGGCCAUAUGGGCAGAUCAUGUUUAUCAACGAGAACGUGUUCAAAGUGUAACCAGAAGCACCACAGCAUGCUGCAUCAGGAUCAGCCAGAAGCGCAAGUACCACAGAAGCCCAAGGACAAACCGGAGGAGCAACCUGCAGCACAAAUGGGUGUUGCUGACAGGAACGAUCCAGAUCCACAGGAAGGCAGAAGUAGUGUUUCGGUAACAACGUCAUGUCUCGGCGGCGGGUUGCCACAAUCGACUAAGCAGGUGCUGCUUCAGACGGCAAUAAUCGAUGUGGAGGAUGUACACGGUCGUCUCUAUCCUUGCCGUGCGCUGUUGGACUCAGGUUCACAGGCACACAUCUUGUCGGAAUCGAUGGCACGAGUUCUCGGUUUGCCGACCCUGAAAUGCAACAUUACCGUAGUAGGAGCAAACGCAGUGAAGACUCAAGCAAAGAAAGGAAUGAACCUGAAUUUCUCGUCGAGGUACUGCUCACUUCAAGACAACAUCACGUGCUUGAUUUCGGAAAGGCCGACUGGGAAUGUACCAUCGAUGGCGAUCGAUGUAUCAUCGUGGAACGUAACGCAAGGGUUGCGGUUGGCGGAUCCAGAUUUCUUCAAGCCACACGAAAUUGAUUUGGUGCUUGCUUCUAAUUACGUCUGGGAUUUGCUUGGAACCAAGAAGGUGGCGCUGUCAAAUGGUACAACGUCACUGCGAGAAACGGAUCUGGGCUGGAUCGUUACUGGUACAUACGACCCGUACCAACAGGUGAGUGGCUCUAUUUUGAUCACAAAUGUUGCAUUACAAGAUCCACUAGCUGAGAAACUGGAGAAGUUUUGGUCCGUUGAGGAGGUGACGGAAUCUCCACCCUUGAACACUGAAGAACAAGAAGUUGAGCAGCAUUUCCUGGAAACUUAUCGCCGGGACGAAUCUGGUCGUUUCGUGGUCCAGAUGCCGUUUCGGGAAACCGUCGCUGAGCUUGAUGACAAUAGAAACCUAGCAUUGAAGCGUUUCUACACUCUCGAGCGAAAGCUAUCCCGCGCUCCAGAUCUGAGGAGCCAGUACUGUGAAUUCAUGCGAGAAUAUCAAUUGCUUGGGCACUGCAAAGAGAUCAGAGAAGAAGAAGACGUAUCUGAACUGCCGCGAUACUACUUACCGCACCACGCGGUGUUUAAGCUGGCGAGUUCGUCAACCAAAGUAAGGGUAGUAUUUGAUGCUAGCGCAAAAUCUUCGAAGUACUCCCUGAACGACGUGAUGAAAACUGGACCAACCGUCCAGAACGAUAUAUUUUCCGUGGAUCUUCGUUUCCGACGCCAUACGUUUGGAUUUUCCGGCGACGUAACCAAAAUGUACCGGCAGGUCGGUGUCGAUGGAACCCACACCCGAUUUUUGAGGAUUUUCUGGAGAGAGGAUCCUUCAAAGCCCCUGAGAAUUUUGGAACUGGUAACAGUGACAUACGGAACGGCUGCAGCACCGUUUCUUGCGACCAGAAGCUUGGUGCAAUUAGCAGUUGAAGAAAAACACCGGUACCCAGUUGCAUCGAAGAUGGUGAUAGAAGAUGUAUAUGUGGAUGAUAUGCUAUCUGGAGCAGAUACAGAAGAAGAAGCUGCUCAACGCUUGUUGGAAGUGAAACAGUUGCUAUCCGCAGGCGGAUUUCCGAUUCGCAAGUGGAGCUCGAAUUCAGCGGUAGUGCUUGAAAGUGUGCCUGAAGAAGAACGAGAAAAAUUAGUGAGGAUUGGUGAAAGUGGUGUCAAGGAAGGAAUCAAAGCACUCGGAAUGUUCUGGGAUACGAAGAAUGACCAGUUCACGUUCGAGAGUUGGUCAGAAGAGGUCAGUAACCGAUCGCUAACGAAGCGGUGCGUCCUUGCUGAAAUUUCGAAGCUGUAUGAUCCGUUGGGACUCGUCUCACCGGUGAUAGUAUGUGCCAAGAUCAUAAUGCAAAAACUCUGGUCUUCCAAGUUAAACUGGGAUGACGAACUGGAGGAAGACAUUCUGGUUGAGUGGGUGAAUUUUCGAGCUUCGUUGACGACGCUGAAUCAGAUUCAAGUGCCACGAUGUGUUAAGCUAUCUGGUGCCAUUCGGUACGAGAUCCACGGGUUCGCGGAUGCUUCGAUAGUAGCGUACGGAGCCUGCAUAUAUUUGCGAUGUGUGUUGCCUGACGGAAGUGCGGAACUGCGUCUUAUGUGUGCGAAAUCAAGAGUGGCACCGUUGAAGGCGACAACAAUUCCAAGACUAGAGUUGCUUGCUGCUUUGCUUCUAGCGCGGCUGGGGGCAAAGGUGAUUGAAGUGAUGGAGAUGGAUUACUCGGAGGUUACGUUGUGGUCUGACAGUCAGAUUGCAUUGGCUUGGUUGAAGAAACCACUCGGUUCUUUGGAAACUUUCGUUCGAAAUCGCGUGGCAGAGAUCAACAGGCUCACGAAUCGUUACACUUGGAAGUACGUGAACACAAAACACAAUCCUGCUGACGUGGUGUCCCGAGGUCAGACUCCAGCCAUGUUAUGUAAGAAUAACCUCUGGUGGAGUGGACCUGAUUUCCUGAGACAAGAAGAGUACUGCAGUCCUCAACCCGCGCCGAUUCGGGAAUUGGAGAUUCCAGAGUUGAAGGUGACGGCGGUUGUUGCGGAAAACAUCGAGGCCCUGCCCGUGUUUGCAAAGUUCAGCAGUUUCCGUAAGCUGCAACGAGUAAUUGCCUACGUUCUGCGUUUUGUUCGGAAUUGUAGACGCAAAUCGACUAAGUGCCCAGGAAUCUCAUCAAAAUUUGUGACAGUUCCUGAAAUGAGAAGCUCGCUCAAGUGCAUUGUGAAGGUAGUCCAGAUGUUGGAGUUACCUAAUGAAAUCCAUAGCGUAGAGAAAGGUGAAAUUCCACAGCGACUCGCAACCCUUAGUCCACUGCUCGACGAUGAUCAUCUGUUGAGGGUUGGAGGUCGUUUGCAGGAAUCGGAACUAUCAUACGAGACCAAACAUCCGUUUGUUUUGCCAAAUCAUCCAGUAGCCGAAAUGAUCGUCAGAGCUCUUCACAUCGAAAACCUGCACGUGGGACCUUCUGGCCUAUUGGCAAUUGUUCGGCGAAAUUUCUGGCCUUUGAAAGGUCGAUCCACAACCAGGAAGGUUACGCGAGGUUGUAUCCAGUGUUUUCGUACCCAGCCUCGAGGAAUUCAGCAGCUCAUGGGCAGUCUACCUGAAGAACGUGUCAAUGUUGCCGCUCCAUUCGAAUUCACCGGUGUUGACUACGCCGGUCCUGUUACGGUCAAGCAAGGGAAAUAUCGGCCAAAAUUAGUGAAAGGAUAUAUUGCAGUGUUUGUGUGCAUGGCAACAAAGAAUCUGCAUUUGGAGUUAGUGUCAGAUCUUACCUCCGAAGCGUUCAUUGCAGCAUUGGAGCGCUUCAUCAACCGUCGGGGCCAGGUUCGCAGAAUGUUUUCAGACAAUGGCACCAAUUUUGUGGGGGCUUCAAACGAACUUCAUCAGCUACACGAGGCAAGUGGACUGCAGCAUCAGCAAGCAUCCAACCCGGAACAGUGGUGCUGUUAA